GGGUGGCAGAGUUGGUCUGUGGGGACGAGGGGGUCGAGUGCAUUGCCCAGCUCUCCAAGGCGGCGGCUCCCUCGCAGCUCCCGCGCGCCGCCGCCGCCGCCCACGAGCUGCCGCCUGGACCGGCGUGUCGGUGCUCGCGUCUCGGUCGCGCCCCCGGCCCGGUCCGCGUCCGGAGGGAGCCGGUAUCCGCGCAGGAGCCUCGGCGCGCUCCGCCCCAGCGCACGGCGGGGGGCGGCCCGGCCUCUCGGGAGCGGCCCGAGCCGGCGGCGCGACCCUCGCGCCUCGCCCGUCGGCCCCGCCGCGGCUCCGCUGUCCCGGGCCCGCAGCCACCGGGCACCUCGGAGGGCCCGUUCGCCCCCGGCCUUGCCGGCCCCGCCCGAGCCGGGCCUCGGCCGCCCGCCGCCAUGGCGUGCGGAGCCACUUUGAAAAGGACUCUGGAUUUCGACCCGCUGCUGAGCCCCGCGUCUCCGAAGCGGAGGCGGUGCGCCCCUUUGUCGGCCCCGGCGUCGGCCGCCGCCUCCCCUGCCGCCGCCACCGCCGCCGCCACCGCCUCGGCCGCCGCCGCCUCGCCGCAGAAGUAUCUCCGGAUGGAGCCUUCCCCGUUCGGCGACGUCUCGUCCCGCCUCACCACAGAACAAAUUCUCUACAACAUUAAACAGGAGUAUAAACGUAUGCAGAAGAGAAGACAUCUAGAAGCUAGCUUUCAGCAGACAGACCCAGGGUGUAGUUCUGAUUCACAGCCACAUGCAUUUCUCAUCAGUGGACCAGCAUCACCAGGGACUCCAUCUGCAGCAUCCUCACCGUUAAAAAAAGAACAGCCCUUAUUUACUCUAAGGCAGGUUGGCAUGAUCUGUGAGCGUUUGUUGAAAGAACGGGAAGAGAAAGUUCGAGAAGAAUAUGAAGAAAUACUGAACACAAAACUUGCAGAACAAUAUGAUGCAUUUGUGAAGUUUACGCAUGAUCAGAUAAUGCGGCGAUACGGUGAACAGCCUGCUAGUUAUGUUUCAUGAAUCACGCUUUUUGCAUUUGUGGGCUGCCUUGUUCCUUGUUGAGUUGUUGCAGGAGGUCCCAACUGUGAUGUGCAGCAAUGCCAGUACCCAUCUGUGAACACAGGUUAUUUCAAGCUUUCGUCACUGGCAACCACUCUUAGGCAGCAGCCGUUGGUUUUGGAAACUUCUGUGAUGUCACUACCACCUGGAUGUGGACCUUUGCUACUUGUAUUAAUACCAGUGGCCUCGUUUUGCUGUAUCAUUACAAUUUGGCUUCUUUAUAUUAAUGUUUGAAAGGGAUUAAAGCUGGCAUUCUAGAACAUGCCCUUCACUGGUUAUGUAAAUAAAACUGUAGAAUGACA